CAUUAAUUUCAGAAAUUGCAGCAAAAGCAUUAUUUUUGUGCAUUUGUUGACAUGAAUAUUUUUGCUUAAAAGCAGAUUUUAGUGAGUGAAACAUGUGCAGGUUUUUUUAUGUUUUUUAAAUAUUCAUGAGAACCCAGUAAAUGCCCAUUCGGCAGAAUUGUAUGGAAUAUUAAUGAGCAGAAAUGAGCACUUUUGUUGUCAGGAUUACUUGAUUAGAAUUCCAAAUAUCAGCAGCUGGUGAUUCCACAUACUCCUACAAUUGGUUUUAUUGAUUAGGUAACUUAACAGCCUGUUGGGGAGACAGACUGAGGGAACAAUUGUUGUUUAACGAUGAUCCUGACUAGUGGUACUAAGUGCUUACUGAGAACUUUGAUAUGACUGGCAAUGGAAUUGAUGGGAGUAUUAUUGUAAUGACGUUAUUUUGUUCAUUGUUUGUAAGUGUAGGUGUUUUAUUGUGUUGAUUUUGCAAAUUUUGAUGAUUCCAUGAAAAGCAGCUUGCUAAAUUAAUACUGUGCUGUAGGGAAUAUAAAUGAAUUAUUGUGUUGUGUUACAGAAAUUAAUUAGCAAUUUUUAAAGGAAAUCAAUGAGGAAAUAAUAUCGGAGGUGUCACUGUAUUGGAUUUUGUUGAAAAAAAGGACAGAGGAAAGGUGAUUUAUUAUGGACUUGAGGAUUUGGUCAGAUCAGCUUGUGUUCAAUGAAACAGCAUUGUAAAAGAGGAUAGACACUCAGAGUAAUCUGUGACUGAUAUAUAAAAUUGUCAUCCUGUUGUUAUAAUAAUGAAAGAUAUGGCAGGAUGAGAUUGUUUGAGUAUUCAAGUGUAUGUGUACUUCAGACUUCAUAAUCAGGCAGCUCAUGUGAGGCUGACCAGGGUGGACAAAGGGGUUACAAGGGUCAAGGACUGUGAUUCUUAUUACCACUGGAAAUUAUUCUUGCCUUUGAGGAAGUAGAUAUAUAUAACUUCCUUUAAUUAUUAGAAAGAGGAAAACAGCCAAUUGUGAAUAUAUCACUACCGGAAUAAUAUUAUCUUUGAAGAAAAAGAAUUAGGCCUGAAAAGACAAUUCAUUAUAUAUGAAUGUUACUUCUGGAAUUAUCUCAGUUUUUGAAGAAAUAGGCUGGAGGUACCUGUUGUGAUUGUUGUUUCUUGGUUUAAAAGAAAGUAUAUUACUGGUACAAACAAAGUGACAGCCAUGUAUCAGGGGAUGGUAUUAGCAGUUCAUCCCAACAGGGAUCAGGUAGCCCGAUGGAGCAAACUAUGGAAGCUCAUCCAAGAUGGUGAAUGUGACACUUGUGCUGAUUUUGUGAUAGACAGUGACCUUGACCUAGAGUCAAUAUCAACCUUUGACUCCAAGAUCAAGAAAUUCCUAAUGGACCGGUCCAUUUUGAAAGUGCACCUACCCAACGGGGGGUUCAACAUGGUGAAAUAUGGCGAUGCUACAGACGUUAAGGACAUCAUCAGACUUGUAGUCGGCCGCCUUGCAGCGGGUGAACGUUUCUUCGGGAAAUGUUUCGCUCUCAAGCUUGUUCACAUAAAGUCUCGCGAGAGCUACUGGCUCCACAACAACCUGACGAUGUACCAGGUCAAACAGAAAUAUGAGACAUCGAGGCCACCGGACGAAUGGAGAUACGAGCUAAGAGUCAGAUACCUUCCAAAAAGCUUUCAAGAGCUCUACGCAAAAGAUAAAGUGACAUUCUACUAUCUGUAUGACCAGAUACGGAAUGACUAUAUGAAGGACUUGGCAGAAAAGAUAGAACAUGAUAUGGCCAUAAGACUUGGGUGUAUUGAAAUGAGGAGAUUUUUCAAGGACAUGCCCCAGGUUGCCCUGGACAAGAAGUCCAACUUUGAGUAUUUGGAGAAAGAGGUCGGCCUCAAAAGAUUCCUGCCCAAAAAUGUGAUAGACUCUAUGAAGUCAAAGAAUCUCCGAAAAGCCAUACAACAGCAUUUCAAGUCCUACGCUCAGUUAUCGGAGUCAGAGUGCGUUUAUCGAUUCUUCGAUACACUCUCACAAGUUACCAAAUUCUACCAGGAGCGAUUUAAAUGUGCACUUGGGUCUGGUUGGAGCAUAUCAAUGGAGCUAGUGAUAGGUCCGGAUGUUGGGAUCAGCUACCUCACAGAAAAGGCUUCCACGCCUACACAUAUGGCAGACUUUUCUCAAGUCCAGUCCAUCCAGACGCUUAGUCUCGAUGACGGGAAGGGGGUGCUCAAAAUCCGAAUCGCAGGCGCAAACGAGCCGUUGACAAUUACAUGUUCAUCGCUGUCAGAGGCGGAAGACAUGGCUGACCUGAUUGACGGCUAUUGCAGACUGGUUCAUGAUUUCCAAGGCUCAUUUUGGACCAAAAAAGCUGUGACAAAUGGAAAAUCUCCCGUAAUAGAGCUACAACAUACUUCACCCAGAGAAGAGACGGUUCCUCCUUCACCUAAAAUGAGCGCUGGCAGCAAGAAAGACGGAAAUAACAAGUUCGGAGAUGCGCUUACUUCCGGUGAAAGAAUAUCUGAUUACGCAGAAAUUGUGGAGGAUGAUGGCGAUUACAGCUCUCCAGAUGGUCGUAGAAGAAAGGGACGUAAAAAGAAAAGUCACGACUAUGAGAUACAGAGAGAUCGCGUGUGUUUGAUGGACAUCCUUGGGAAUGGACAGUUUGGCGAUGUACAUAAAGGCAUUUACAGGGAUAAGGAUGGUAAUGAGAUUCCAGUAGCGGUCAAGACAUGUAAGGAAGAUAAUGAAGAGUCAAUGACAGAAAAAUUCCUCGAGGAGGCAUUGAUAAUGCAGCAAUUUGACCAUCCCCACAUUGUCAAGCUGGUUGGCAUAUGCUCAGAAAAUCGACCCGUCUGGAUUGUCAUGGAACUUGCUAAACAUGGAGAGAUGAGAGCAUACCUCCAGAACAACAAACAUCGACUAGACCUGUGUACGCUGAUCAUGUAUUCCUACCAACUCAGUACAGCCCUGUCAUAUCUGGAGAGCAAGAAAUUUGUGCAUAGAGAUAUAGCCGCACGUAACGUCCUAGUGUCCGCCCAUGACAGCGUAAAGCUCGGAGAUUUUGGCCUCUCUAGAUGGGUAGAGGAACAAAGUUACUACAAGGCGUCUAAGGGGAAACUUCCUAUCAAGUGGAUGGCUCCUGAGUCUAUAAACUUUAGACGAUUUACCUCGGCUAGUGAUGUCUGGAUGUUUGGAGUUUGUAUCUGGGAGAUUCUCAUGUACGGCAUCAAGCCUUUCCAGGGUGUCAAGAACAACGAUGUUAUCGGGAAAAUCGAGAACGGGGAACGACUCCCUCUACCCCCUGGUUGUCCCCCAUCUUUGUACAACCUCAUGUGUGUGUGUUGGUCGUACGAACCAUCAAAACGACCCUCAUUUUCUGAUCUGAAGUCAUGGCUUUCUGAAAUCUUUGAUGAGGAAAAAUACAGACAAGAUGAGGAGGUGAAAACUAUCAGUAGAAGAGUCUUGUCAUGGGGUUCCAAUGGUUCAGUAGAGGAUGAAGAGGUUGUCCCCCCUCCGAAGCCUGCUCGGCCCCAGUUUGCUGGAGUGUCACCUGCGGGCUCUACCCGAAAUAUCAGUCAACAAAGUAUUCCAACCCCGCCCAAUCACUGGGGCAGUGCUUCAAAUCUUCCUGUUGGUCAGAGCACCCCGUUUGGCCCCAGUCCCCACCAGCCCCAGGCAGGUGCCCCUCCAUUGCCGCGGGAGAUAGACCUCUCACAUUAUUUUCCAUCUUCAAGUGGAUAUACUCAAGCUGGGCAGGUUUCAAGAGGUUACACUCCACCAGUCAGCUCCGAUAUUGAUCACUACAGCCAAACUGGCGGGGUUAUGGGAAGAGGAGGGAACGGGUAUCCACCGGGUAGAGGGGACGGAUACUCAACGGGGAGAGGGGAAACGUACCCUGGUAGGAUGAAUAAUGGGGCUCCCACCGGAGCGAGUCAAGUACGACCUUACUACACCAGCAGACAGCUUUACACUGAACAGGGCCUUGACUUUCAAGAACCCCCUCCCUCAUCAGCCAAAGACCUCGAGCCGGAAGAGAUAGAGGCUCGUAUCCGACAGCAACAAAUGGAAUUAGAGAAGGAUGCCCAGUGGUUGCAUUCAGAGGAGAGAAACUUGAAACGGGACAUGCCUAGGCAGCCCCCCACUCCCAUAACCUUGAACCCACUCCACAUCACCGAGGAGGGAGACUUUCCGCGGGAAAAUACCCCACCCAUCCCACAACUGCAGCAGACAGAGGUCCGACCCACUUUAACACGAACUGGGUCACACAUUUCCAGCGCUAGCAGUAGAAGUAGCAGUACCAGUGAUCAUGAUAUUCCCCCAUCAGGGCCUCAAUUUAUGGCAAAUAAACAGAGUGAAGUUGGUUCCCCCACGUUAUCCAAGGAAAACCUUGACCGAACCAAUGACGCGGUUUACGACAGUACAACGGCCGUCGUUCGCUCCGUCAUGUCACUGUCACAAAAGGCCCCAGUCUGCAGGGCAGAUGAAUUUGUUGAUCUCAUAAAGUGUGUUGGCCUGGAUUUACGGGCCUUGCUGUCAAGUGUGGAUGAGUUUUCCCGGGCCCUAUUUCCUAACCAACGGAGAGAGAUUGAAAUGGCACAGAAAGUUCUCAGUACGGACAUGGGUAACCUUAUCAGCGCCAUGAAGCUUGCGCAGCAAUACAGCAGUACGGCGAUGGACGGCGAAUAUCGUAAAAGCAUGCUCAAGGCUGCACAUGUUCUAGCUAUGGACUCGAAGAAUUUACUUGAUGCUGUUGAUAAUGCUAGAAUUUCACAAAUGAGUAACGUUGUGAGAUGAUUUUGUGUGGAUAUUGUUUUUACUCUUCGGAUGUUUUUAACUCAGAUGUUUUUCAAAGAAAAAAUAGUCAAGGCACUAUAAUAGCUAGCCUUAGUGUCAUUGUCGUCUGCGUGCUAAAUCUUUGACCUUGACAUUCAAAAUCUUCAAAUGAAUCCUGGUAUAUGUGUUUGCAGAGACAAUAUGCUUAUGUACAGCAAAGUCAAUAACUUUGACUUAAUUCAAACAUAGUUAUUGAGUUAUGCCCCCUUUUUUACUAGAAUUCAUCAGACGAGCAUUCACUCUGGGGCACUCUUGUUUUCAAGAUAUUGUGAUGGUUUUAAAUCUUCAGAGGUGUAACAGUUUAUAAGCCAAUGGAAUUUUGGAAUACUUUUAGAAGUGCUAAAUUCUUGACACAACUCAACCAAAUUAUAGAUUAAAACCUUUACAAAGUGUGUUUUUUAAAAACAUAAGGAUUACCAUUACACAUUAACAGAAGACCAAAGAAUUGCGCAUGGUGAAUUUGAACUUUAUAAAGUUACCGCAUAAAAUAAUACACAAAUGGUUUCUGCAAUGUGUAUAAGUCAAAAAUUCAGAGUGAUCAUUUAUUAAAAGAUACAAUCAUAUGUUUGAUUAAACAAGAUGCUUUUGUAUUUAGUUUUUCCUCAUCGAAUAUUUACUCAUAUACUUUUUACUUAUUCUUGCCUAAAUAUGCAGCUAAUAACAUUCAUGAAUCUGUAAUACUCUUUCCUCAACAUUGGCGAGAUUGCAACUACAGCGUGUACGUGUACGCAUACGCAUUAUUAGCUUCACGAAUGUGUAAAUGUUGCAGUCAAGUUAAAAAAAAAAAAAUUGCGAUAUUUCUACAGACUAGUUCUUCUCAGAUAUUCGCAAAAAAUAUCCUUUUUCUAGUGCAGUUGUGCAUGACUUGUACUUCAUACACAUGCGUUUGAUGACGAAGCGCACAAAAUUUAGAUCAUAUGUACAUUAUCUUAUUCAAAUGGGAUUUACAACCUCUCUAUAAUCAAUGGCUGAUUACAUAUCUCUUCUGUAUACAUUUACAUACCAUGUACACUGACAUUUGGUAGGUCUGGCUUAAUAUUUUACUUGCAUAUAUAUCAGUUUUCUUUUAACUUAAAAAUAUUUCCUGUAUUUAAAUUUGUGCCUGUAUUUGAACAUACUUGUUCUUAAUUCCGUAGUCUUUCAAGCGUUUUAUCUAAAGCACGCUUUUGAUGGUUUUUAUUAUAAGCAAAGAAAUGUGCAUUUUUAUAUGAAGUUCUUCAGUAUUGGUGCUGCGACAAUGGAUCAAAAUGCUGUUAUCAACAAAAUAAAUACUGUAUAUGUCCUAUUAAACGUGCAGGGCCCCUUUUUUUUUUGAGAUUUCUGCGUGCUAAGAAAGAACCAUUUUUCACCAUUCAGUGACUUUUUAAUAUCCACUUAAUUGGAGUCAAACACAUGAAAUAAUGGUCAUUAUCUGCUUUAGCGUAGCUGUAAACAUACUGUGUAAAUGAAUAAAAUAGAAUACAUGGUUUCAAUAUAUAAAUACAGAUCGUUCGGCUAUUUUAUUGUGACUGUCAUUGUGUGCAAUAGGCUGGGUUAUUUCUGAUAGCCAUUACAGAUGUCAGCAGGUACCCUUAAAUGGCGGCCAUUGGAAUGCUUUUCAUCUGAAUUAAUAUUAACAUUUUUUGGAGUUUAAGGUUUAGGCAUUCAUUGUUCAUGUCACAAAAUCAGAAAAAAGACUUGCAAAAAGACUUGCAAAAAGUCUCGCGGUGCGUCUAUUAGGGCAUGCACGUUUAAUCGGACAUUUACAGUAUGUUAACGUUUGGCCUACUGUAUUUGUACAUGUAUUUAUAUUUAAAUCUUUCCUGUUGUAUCUUCUUCAUUUGUGUUGUUAAGUCAUACAGUACUGUUUAACAGUUAAAUAUACAGGGUGUUUGGUAUCUUAUGGCGUUUUCACCCUAAAUCAUACCAUGUUUGUGCGUGUUCCCUUUGUUUUCGUCUAUACACUAACCCUCUUAUCAGAGUGAUAAAUCGUAGGCAGAGCUUAACAAUUCAAUAACAGUUAUGCAAAAAAAUUACAUAGCUAUUCAUUCACUUAUAUCGCACCCUAGUUAUUGAACAUUGUCCUUGACAAUAUGGUACAAAACAAUUUACGUUACCCACUUGCCUUGUGAUUGAAAUUAUACACUCCCACUGAAGAUUUUGUGUAUAAUCAAUAACUCCGGUUGUGGGUAUUGCAGGGCUUCUAAAACUAAACAAUUUACCGUUCUGGACCAAUUUUGACCUUGGUGAACCAAUUUCGCUAACUAAAAAUGGCUUAAAAAUCAGUUCGAAAUUUGUUCCGUUUUUCAAUUUUAGGGUUUGUGGCCUUCAUGCCCGGACUGAUUGUGAUUUCAAACUUUAAGAAGCCCUAAUAAGCAGUAGCUAUUACUUAUUCACCUCCUAUACUUCCCAUAGAGUUUAUGUAUUAAGUACAUGUAUCAAGUAUUAUUCAGUGACAUUGUCAUUUCUUAAUGGAGAUUUUAUGUGAUGAUUGUUACUGUAGGUAAUAUGCAGUUAUUCUCUGCAGAAUAUUAUCAAAAUCAUUGCCUGCGUACCUGAUCUUGAUUGAUUUAUGGACUUGGAAUAAAUAGUUUUAGUUUCUUUUUUCCCCUGGGUAUUUAAAAACAAAAAUUUAAAUUGUGCUAUGUAACAAGACAAAAUGACUGCGAGUAUUGUGCUUCUUAUUUUAAAUUUACAAAUUACAAAUGCUAAAUAUAUGACACUGCAACUGUUGGUGCUGUAUCUGACAAUCUGCGAUUCUGUAAAAAUAAAUCCCUGCAGCAUUUAAUGUUUAACAGCAGAAUGAUUUUGAAGUGAUAUUACCUGUUUCAUAUUAUACCAUGCUUUGAUAACAUGCUGUUGAGGCAUCCAGAUUAUAUCCAUGUUUUCCCCCCAUUCCAUGCUUACAUUGUAAAUAUAUAUUUUAUGAUUGUACAUUGUGAAAUAGAAUCUUAAUUGUGAAAUAGAAAUGUAAUAUAAUAAAUAUUGAAACAUUUAUUUUUAACAACACUCGUCAUGUUGAUACUUAAAAAUGCUUUACACCUUAAUAAUAGCAAGACCAUUCCUUUAUUUGUAAUCCUUACGCUAAACUAUAUUUAGUGUUCAAAAUUAUUUUUUGUCCAUCGUGAUGGCAGUAUUUUACAAAUCUACUAUACAUUUAUUUUUGUAAAUAAGCAGUCAGCCGUUAUUGAUAUUAAUCUGAUGUAUCAUUAGAUUUGAUAAACGUCUUGGUCAGUAGACAAAAUAUAAUCUUGAACACUAAAACUGUUAUAGGUUAUUGGUAUUUAUUCAUGGAAAUAAAAGGUUAUGCGACGGUGUUCCAUUAAACCAUCUAUUUAGUUGAAAACAUACAAAAUAAAUAUACCUAAACCAUUAUGUAUUUGCUGCGCUUAUAUACAAUACACUUCCUUUUGUAGCAUAAACACAAUUACUAAACAUAAUUCUAAGUUUGACAAUGGUGACUAUGGGCUGAUUGUUCAUGUUAAAGUUAACAAUGUUGUUAACCGGAUUGUUGUUAACUUUCAAGUCUUUAGUACUCUGUAAGUUUUAUAGCCAUUCAUGUGAUCUGUGGUACUUGACACAUAUAUUGAGACAAUUGAUUUAAUUAUACUUGUUGUACUGAAAUGAUGAACACAUCAAAAAAUAGUUUCACCUUUAAAAAACGAUGAUGCCGUUGCUUCAUUUUACAAAGUUCAGAACAAUCAACCCCAUUUAUACUUUCCCAACAUUUUAUAAAAUGAUUAAAUGCGUAAGUGUCAAGUUUAUACUGUUGCUCUUUUGAUAUUUGGCAUUUUCUUUUUAUCCAUAAUGUAAAUUUAGUUUGCUUAUGACAAAAUCUUAGGUAAGGUCUCAAUUCAGAUCAUACUUUUUAAAUUUGCCCAGUUUUAUUUUAGAAACUUGUAAAAAUGUUAUCACAAUAAUGUAUAUUUGUAUUCCACAUUGUAAUUUAAUUUAUGUUGUACAUAUUGGCUUGUAAAUAAUCUCUUGUCUGUAAUCAUGUUAUUAUUGUGACAUAUUUCAGUCAUUGCAAAACUGUGGUUAAUUAAAAUGCAAUAUUAAAAGAUAUUAAACUUGAA